CUCCUCCUCCCCCGUCAUGGCGCUCGCGAAGGACAAGCACUACUGGGGUCAACUCCGCGCGGCGCUGACGGCUGGGCACUGGGACUCGCAGCUCCCAGCAAAGGCUCCGAAUGCGACUCCGCUGUCCUGGUCGGAGCUCUUCCGCAAGUUCAACAAGCACUGCACCGGGCACGUUGACGUCGCGGAGGUCGCAUCGCAAACUCAUGCUCUCGCUCUCCUUUUAUUUGUGACGAAGAAGCAAGAGAUUACCGAACGCACCUCUGUCCCUCCUCUUCCGAUCGACACCAAUGGAGAGUGCGUACUGCCGGAGGAACGGCGCGACGAGGCCAAGCAGGGAUUCGACGUGCUCAAGAACCUGCGAAGCCAGAAUACCAAUAUGAUGAACCACGCACUUGCCUACUAUGCAUACGCGCUUGGCGACUCGGCAGGAUGCAUUGCAUACCUUGAAAGGAUACCCGAUAUAGGCUCCCUGCAAAGCUCCAUUCCUUCCAGCCGCCCAGACUCCCUCGGCGCAACCCUCCAGGUACCUGGAGGCUCCUACGAGCCUUCUACUUCCUCUGUGCAUAGUAGCUUCGCUUCUAACCUGUCGAUCCUUCCACCUGAUAUUCAGGAUGGCCGUGCAUGGGCCAUGACAGAAGCCAUGCGCAGUAUAUGCCUGAAAGGCAUGUCAUACGAGAACCUACACCCAGACGAAUACCGAUCCGCGCUCGAGCAAUACGCCGAGGCACUACCCAUCCUGUCCUUCAUCAAGACCGAACUUACCCUCACCUCCACGCCAUCUGCGACUGGCGCGAUCGACUUCUCUUCCUUCACCCGGUACCGCGAGCUGUGGCGCUGGGUGGACAGGUUGCUCUGGCGCGCGAUCGUGCUAGCAUCCCGGUGUUGCGAUGUGUUCGAUGACGAUACCACGAGAGUCGACUCGCUAUGGACAUGGCUUGCCCACUACAGUGCUUUAAGCACCUACUGGCCUCCCGACUUCCAUUGCGAGCUGCGCUCGACGGUGUGCGUCCUCCAUCUACGGGCCUUAGUGCUUCGACAUGGCCACGCGCCGGACGAGUCUGCCAUCUCGUCUUCGGCAACCGCUACUACUUCGAAGCCACCUCCAUGGGUUCAUGCCGCUCGUGUCGUCACCCAAGAGUACCAUGCCAUCCUCACCGCAUCAUCCACCUUCCCACGUGCCGGUGAACGAAACAAGCGAGUGGAGGACUUCGUCGAUCUCUGCGUCGCGGUCUGGGAGACGGGAGGCGCAUUCGGCGAACAUGCUGGUUGGGUCAUCGAUAUCUUGUGGUGGGCGACGCGCCUGACCUUCAACUCGUAUCGAAUAUAUCGCCACAUGACGCGUCUCUUCUACGUCUCGGGCGACCCUCAGUUGGCGAAGCGGACGUUGCGGUUGUACGUCCAGGUUGUCAGCAAGGCGCAUCUAGCCAGUGACGCUGGCGUAGGCGCGGAUGCGGACACGGACCAGCACUGGGUGGACACCCUCGCCUCCGGCGCGCGCAUGCUCUGCAACCUCGCUUCAUCUCUUCCAGGAAUUGAUGGAAUCGAAAUGGUUCGCGAGGCGGGCACGUACGUCGAGCAGGCGAAGACCAGACUCCCUGCCGAGGAUGUCGAACUCGCCGCAAAAGUCGCCCUCGCCGAAGGCAUCUACCACCAAGUCCUGGCCCUGAAAGAGCAGAACCCCCACUUCCGCCCCGAGCGCUUCGCUCAGGCGCGCAAGGCCUUCAUGAAGUCCGUCGAGCUGCACGGCACGCCCGCCGGCUUCUUCCAUCUCGCCGUGGCGCUCGCAUGCCCAAGCGAGGACCAGGACCUGGAUACCGCGAUCUCGUACACCGCAUUCGCAAUGGAGGGCGACCCCAAGGAAAUCCGGUACUGGCAUCUCAUGGCUCUGUUGCUCUCGGCGAAGGAGCAGUGGCAGGCCGCGCGCGCGAUCGUCGACCAGGCGGAGCAGAUCGGCGAGCCUGAACCCGAGCCCGUUGACGGCCUCACACCGAUUGCGGAGGCGCCGACUGUCGAGGAUGGUGAGGCCGUCGAUGGGUUGCCUGCGUCUUCGGAACCCCGCCCUUCGGACAAGAAGGCCGUGUAUGUGCUGGGCAAUGAGGGCGAGGUACCGCCGUCGGAUGACUUGCUGAAGCCCGCACUCGACCAUCCUCCGCCGUCGCAGCAAGACCUCUUUGAGCAUGCCCUGCAGCUCCGCAUGACGCAGAUAGCGUUGACGGAAUACAUGGAGGGGCCGGAGGGUGCGGCCGAGCAGGGCGUCGAGGUGUUCCAGUGGGUCGCUGAGAAGCGCAGCGGGUCGACUGAGCAACAACGACGGUCCUCUACUGAUGCUCGCCGAUCCCAAGACCUUCACUCAACCACAGGCAUGUCAGCCUCCGGCAGCCGCAGUACCCAUCAUACGGAGAAGGUGGCCAGUCAACAGGCCAACGGCACCAGCGGAGGCGAAGACCAGCUCACGCCCCGACCACCUGCAAUCGCCGUAACCGUAUCCCCCGCCACGCCCAUCGAGCCCUCACAAUCGUUCUUCGCCGAGCAAGAGAAGCUUGCAACGGACGACCCGCACCCCGACCGCCUGUCAGACAGCGGGCGGCGGUCCAUCUCGGGGAGCUCGCAGCACGACCGCUCGCGCCACAAGCGUAUGCAGCAGAAGCUGAAGGACCGCGUCCACCAGGGGCACGCGCGCAUCAGCAGCAUCUCGAAGAAGAUCGGAAGCGGCGUCGCGCGGAAUGGCAGUCUGAAGCGGUCAAGGUCUGCGCCUGACUUCGACAGCAUGCUCCGCCCCUCGGCCUACCAAGCCUCCUCCAUCCACUCCCGUCGGCGUCUAAGCGCCGUCACCUCCAUGUCCGACCUGCACGACACGGACGCGCAGACCCCUCCCCCGCCCGCCCUGCCGCCCAUCGAGGCCAGCAGCAGCGUGAACAGCCGCGCCACGCGGGAGCGCCGGCUGCUCAGCGACCUGUGGCUAAUGUCCGCCGCGACCUUCCGCCGGCUGGACAAGAUCGAGCAGGCGCGGGGCGCGAUCCAGGAGGCAGAGGUCCGCGACGAGAAUAACCCCGCUGUGUGGGUGCAGCUCGGCCUCUACUACAUCGCCCUCGGGCGGACGCGCGCCGCGAUCGAAGCACUCCAAAAAGCCCUCUUCAUCUCCCCCGACGACGUCCCUGCGUCCAUCCACCUCUGCCGCCUGUACCUCGCUGAGGGGGGCUCGCAUGACGCCGUCUCCGAGGGCGGUCCUCAUACCCAGGACAGCGUCGACCCCCACCACCACCACGACACCGUCGACCUCGCCGCUGGCAUCCUCACGCGCCUCUCGAAGACCGCCGGCUGGGACGUGCCCGAGGUCUGGUUCUACCUCGCGCGUGCGGCGGGGUACCAGGGGCAGAAGGCGAGGCAGAGGGAGUGCCUUAGCAAGGCGCUGAGGCUGUCGGAGAAGCGGGGCGUCAGGGAGAUCGGGGCGGCGAUUGGGUGGUGCUUGUAGGAGGGUGGUUGUGAGUGGGUGGGAGUGCAGGUAUGGGGAGGACGCAAUGCGCAUGGUGCAGCUGCGAUGAAAAGGGAAAGUCGCAGGCUUGAGGAUACCCAAGCAAGUUCGUUCUGGAGCAAUAGCAUAGUGGAUUCAUAUUCAUUGACACCGCUACAUCUACAGAAGCUACACAUAAUCAUUAGACAAAUGAAGACGAUAAUACUUCACUGGGGUGUGAAGGAAGGA